AUGCACGGUUGGGCCUUCUUGGCAUUACCCCGGCAGGCCUCCAGCUUGCCACGGCUGUUGGACACUAAAACUGGAAAGAGACUACAGGAAUGGAUCUCUGUCAUCUUAUGCUUCUCUCUGAUCUGUUUCAAUUUUUACAAUCUUCUCUUCUACUUGCGACUGGAACACACGCCCUCUGUUAUUGUUGGGAUAUUUGCAGGAGUUAUUACAGCUGACUUUCUAUCAGGAUUAUUUCACUGGGGAGCAGAUACCUGGGGAUCUGUGGAGCUACCCAUAGUUGGAAAGGCUUUCAUCAGACCCUUUAGAGAACAUCAUAUUGACCCCACAGCAAUUACCAGACAUGAUUUUAUAGAGACCAAUGGAGACAACUGCCUUAUGACGCUAGUCCCGUUGGCAAACAUGGCAUACAAAUUUGUUUCUUUUUCCCCAGAGGCAUUGUAUGAAACAUGUCCUUGGGAGUGUUAUGUCUUUGCCCUUAUCAUCUUCAUAACCAUGACGAACCAGAUUCACAAGUGGUCUCACACGUACUUUGGUCUUCCACGCUGGGUAAUAUUUCUACAGGACUGGCAUGUUAUCCUGCCACGGAAGCAUCACAGGAUCCAUCACGUGUCUCCACACGAGACUUACUUCUGCAUUACAACUGGUUGGCUGAACUAUCCAUUAGAGAAGAUAAGAUUCUGGAGGUGUUUGGAGAACAUUAUCCAAGGAGUUACUGGGGAGAAACCAAGAGCAGAUGACAUGAAAUGGGCUCAGAAAAUUAAAUAACUUUUGCCAGCCUUCUUCAAUCCUUAACUCGUUGCCAAUGUUGGGGUAUUUUUUUUUUUUUAAAUAUAAAGCCAUCAGCCAAAUUCAAGACCUGCAAAGAAAUAACAGACUCUAAAGCACAAACUAAAAAGUGUUAACACAGACUGUAAUGAAAAGAACUAAUUCUUAAAACAAUACUUGAAAUGAAGAUGAUUACUCUUACUGAGCACCUUUUCGUUUUAGCCAUGUCUGCUUACAUCUUAGAAAAUACUUCAUUACUGUAUCUCGUAAGGCUAUCAGGCAAGCCGGAAGGCAGGACAGUCACUCCAUUGGUACAUGGUGGCGUAGUAAACAUGUGUUGUAUCAACAUUAUUUAACACUUCAAGAACAGCUUGUUGCCUAAGACCUAUAGGGGGAAUGGUGACAACAGUUUGUCACUUCAUGUUUGAGUCCAAGUACACUGCAUGAAAACAGUGUGUCAGAGUAAUGGAAGCCUAUAAAAUCAUCACUGUUCAAUGCACUUAGUGAUUGAUAAACUUACAGCUCUGUCUUUGCUAUCAUGUUAAAUCUAAUUGAUGUAAUGUGGAACAGACUUCAACAAUCCCACUCCACUAAUGGGCCACGAAUCCUCAAGUGUCUUCAAUUUCCCUUAAAAUAAAAUUGUUCUACUCUCUACGUGGAAUUGAGCAAACCGUUUCUGCAUAAGCCUUCAACUCAACGAGCCUCUGAGGAGAGGGAGGGCAUCCUGUACAAGACAUGCUCGGGUCUGUUCAUGUGGAGUGCUCACUGAUGAGUCGUCGAUUAAGUGUUCCCUACCCUGACAAUAAAUGUUUAAAAUAGUUCUAGCAUUGGGCACAUUGCAAAUAGCUGUACUCAAGAGCUCAAGGUAUCAAACCUGUAUGUUAGAAGGGAAAUGCUAAUGACUGGUGUUUUGGUUUUUUUGUUUUUUGUUUUUAUUUUUAAGGUGCUUGCUUGUUUCUGUAAAUAAUAUAAAGCCUUAAUCUCUUCUGGUGUAAUGGAAUAAUAUUUUAAUGUGAUGUUUGAAUGUAUAUAAUAUAUUUAUAACAAAGCAGUUGGAUAAUAUUAAUCAUGUUUGUUAAGUCUUGUUGCUGUUUUUCAUUCAUGCAUUGUCAGCACUUAGUCCAAGAACUUGGUUCUUGGUUGCAGAAUGCUUCAUGCUGUUCUAGCUGCCUGAAACACUUUGCAAGCCUGUUAAGUCUCGUUUUGAUUGAGGUGAUCACUUGUUUAUCAGUGUUGUAGGAGCUUGACACUGUAUUAUGCCAGACUUCAACUGCACUUUCAAAAAGUGCAAGUAAUUCUGCUUUGGAUGCUAAGGAGUAACUGCCGGGUUGGGGGCGGAGGGAGAGAAGUUUGCCUGAGAACAUCCAGCAGGCACUUUAUCAUGUUCAUGUGAUUUGGAUUGGUUUAAUUCUUUCCUAAAUGAAAGCUUACUGAUGGUCAAAUCUGAGACUAUUUUUCCCUUCCCUAGUUCUAAAUUGCGUUGAAUUCAAACUGGCUUUUCCUGAAGAGCAUGGUAAGGUGGUUUUGAGUCAUAGGUUUAGACAGACCUUGAUCUCAACUUCUUCCGGUACAAUGGACCACAACUUCGGAAAGCGUCAGGACUUGGCAACUCUCCUUUAGGAGUCUCAAAACACAUUUAGUUGAAAUGGGAGGAAGAGGAAGGAGUGCUCCUUUAAUGCUGUUACUGUGGAAGACAGACAUGUGAUUUCAUGCUAUCUUUGGUGAAAAGAGCAGGUUUUCCCCUUUUUCUCCCACCCACACCAUCAAAAGCCUUGGCAAAGGCGGCCAUGUACAGGAACGUAGAGCACUGCGGGGAGCAGCCAGGAGGCUGCAGGCUCGGUUAGGGAAGAUUGCUGCAAGCUGGUGAGCUCUUUGUUAAUUAUUGCCUACUUCUCCCAGAUCUGGGUGUUUAAGAGGUUUGAUUCUGUGCCAAACACGUUGGCUCAAAGUCGUUCCUCGAAGUCAUUUUAUAUCUCUACUUGUUUUAAUUUCCAGGCAUUGAUUAUUCAGCUUCAUGUUAAAAAAAAAAAAAAUGAGAUGUGAAUAUAAAUUUGAGUGGGAAGAAAGGCAACUUCUGUCAUUGUGGAAGCCAGUGUGGUGAUCGUUACUCUGAAUCAGUGAUGUUAGAUCCAUUAAUAUUUGCUAUUUGUGGCUGAAACUUAUUUUAAAUGUCUUUGGCAUGACAGGUGUGGAACUGAAUAUAAAGGUGAGGAUGCAAACUACCAUGUGUCCAGAGCAAAGAAUGCUUCUCCCUCCUCUUCUCCCCUUCCAGUGUGAGUGUCCUGCAGCUUUAGAGGUAUAGGGAUGCUUAGGGAACAUCUAUUGCUGCGAGUGCAAAGAGCUGCAGUAGUUUAUUUCUGCCAUCUUGACAAGAGUUUAAAUUCACAUCUGCUUCUACCUUGAGACUCCCAUAAUCCAUAUUCUAACAGAUUUGUAGUCCUUGGUUGUCUGU